UGAACGCCUCUUUAAAUUGACAACUCAGCGACUAUUGUGUUGAAAGUGUUCCCUUGACACUUGACGUUACAGAUUAUUGAGUAUUUUCUAAGGUUUCUUCGGGGUAAAGAUGGUGUAAGUGUAAAGGACAAGUGUUGUAAAAAAAGAUGGGCAGGAUCGUGAAAAUGGCCUAUCCAGGAGGUGGUUUACACGUUGUCGAGGGUGAGCUCUGCCUCCUGGUAACGGCUAUGAGACGAGGUGCCCGAUGGUCAUCUCACUCUCAUCAGGAUGAUGAUCAGGAUGCUCUUAUAAAAGGAUUAUUUAGUCUGAAAGACGUACUAAAUGAGGCAAAAGAUUUGUCUUAUUUAGAGCCAGGUGUAUUUUUAGCACCAUUUCUAGAAAUUAUAAGAUCAGAAGAAACAACCGGUCCUGUUACAAGUCUUGCCUUGUCUGCUGUUAAUAAAAUGAUAUCAUAUGGUCUUAUAGAUUCUGAUCAUCCUGCAAUAGCACAAUGUGUAGAAGCUAUCGCCGAUGCUGUAACACAUGCAAGAUUUGUUGGAACUGAUGCAUCUGGGGAUGGGGUUGUUUUAAUGAGAAUACUUCAGGUCUUGAGAGCUCUAAUGUUAUCACCAGCUGGGGAUUAUCUUUCCAAUGAGAGCAUUUGUGAAAUUAUGCUUAGUUGUUUCAGAAUAUGUUUUGAAACACGUCUCAGUGAACUAUUAAGAAGAACAGCUGAACAUUGUUUGAGAGACAUGGUGCAACAUCUUUUUACUCGACUACCCCAUUUUGUGGAUGAUACUAGAGUUUUAUUAAAUAUGAAAAAAAUGAGAACAAACAGUAUGGAAAGUAAUCGUAGUAAAAAUAGAAGAAAUAAAAGUCAUUUUAAGCAAAAGGCAAGGCAGAAUAUAGAUAAUGUAACAGAUGUUGAAAGUCAACAUAUUGACAUUCCAAGUCCAACUGAUAGAGUCAGAUCAGCUGGUUUGGUAACACCGGUUACAUCAAUGGGAAAUAUCGUUGAUAUGCAAGGUUCUUUGGAUCAAGGUAGUGCUGAGAAAACAGAAGAAGAAAAGAAUGAAAACAAGGAUCAUAAUAAAAAAGAUUUAAAUAAUAUGAAUGAAACCACCAAACAGGAAAAUGAAUCAGAUAUAAAAAGGGAUAAAGAAGAUUUAAAGGAUACGAAAGAGUCUAAAGAAAGUAGUAACGAAAUAGAGGACAAAACAAACGUUGCGAAUGAAAAAGAGCAAGUUUCACAGAAAGAGGAGAAAGGUAUAGAAAAUAUUCAAGUAGAGGAACACAAUCAAACGAAGAAAAUAAAUUUAGUAAAGGAAGGAAAUCGAGAAAACCUGAAAAAAUCAAUUGACGACGAAAAGAAUACAGAAUUAAUAAAAUCUCCGGUAGGAAGUGUAGAGGAUUUAUCGGUAGAUGAAAAUAAAAGUAAUGCAUACAAAGUAUCUAAAGCUAAAGAAUCUGAACAAGUUGAAGAAUAUAUAAAUGCACAAGGAGUUCGUUUUAUGCCACAUCAGCAAUUAGCGCCGUAUGGUGCUCUGUGUGUCCGUGAAUUAUUUAGAUUUCUUGUAUCUUUGUGCAGUCCUCUUGAUAAACAAAAUAAUGAAGUUAUGACACAUCUCGGACUCAGUUUGCUACAAGUAGCCUUAGAAAUUGCUGCCGACUAUCUUUCCAACUUUCCGUCAUUAUUGGUGCUUGUGAAAGAUGAUCUUUGUAGAAAUCUUAUUUUGCUUCUUGGCACAGACCGUUUGUCGAUUCUUGCAAUAGAUCUGCAAGUAUCGUUCUUGUUAUUUGAAUCGCAAAGGGAACAUUUGAAAUUUCAAAUGGAGCAUCAUAUAAACAAAUUGAUGGAAAUAGUAAGUUCAGAUUCAAAUAGGAUAUCAUAUGAACAACGUGAAUUAGCUCUCGAGGCCAUUGUACAAUUAUGGAGAAUACCAGGUUUACCAGCAGAAUUGUACUUAAACUACGAUUGUGGAUUAUAUUCUACUAAUUUAUAUGAAGAAUUAAUGAAACUUUUGUCAAAGAAUGCUUCAGCGCUGAUGGGUAAUAUGCAAUACAUGCAAUUUGUUUCCUUGGAUGCCAUAUUCACAUUGAUUUCUGGUAUGGAAAUCAGAUGCAAGGGUUACAAAGAAUUGUGUAAACCAUCUCGACAUAGUGCAUCGGCAAAUCUUCCAACACGAGAGGACCUGCUCGCUAUAAAGGCAAAUAAGAGGUGGUUGGUACAUGGUACAGAAAAAUUUAAUGAAAAUCCGCGAGAGGGAAUCGCUAAACUUACCGAACAUGGUCUUCUGGGUGGAAGUCCAGGCAAUCCUGAUCCAGAGAAAGUAGCCAAAUUUUUGAAGGAGAAUCCCGGGCUUGAUAAAAAAGCUAUUGGGGAAUACAUUAGUAAAAAAGAAAAUAAAAGUGUUUUGAAUUGUUUCGUUCACAGUUUUGACUUGAAGGAUAUGCGAAUUGAUCAAGCUUUACGUCUUUAUUUAGAAUCUUUCAGACUUCCUGGUGAAGCUCCGCUUAUUUCCUUGUUACUUGAAAAAUUUGCAGAACAUUGGCAUGAUAGUAAUGGAAGACCGUUUGCAUCAGCAGAUGCCGCAUUUACUUUAGCGUAUGCUGUAAUUAUGUUGAAUGUUGAUCAACAUAAUUAUAAUGUAAAGAGACAAAAUAAUCCUAUGACUGUUGAUGAGUUCAAAAGAAAUUUGAAAAAGGUGAACGGCGGUGCUGAUUUCGACCAGGGAAUGCUCGACGAGAUAUAUGCGUCUAUAAAGGGCGAAGAAAUUGUGAUGCCUGCUGAACAAACUGGUUUGGUCAAAGAUAAUUAUUUGUGGAAAGUUCUGUUACGUAGAGGGGUUGGUCCUGAAAGUUUCUACUUAAAAGUUGGAAAUUCUGGUGAAUUUGUAGAUAAAGAGUUAGCUGAGGAGGCAUGGGCUCCUAUUAUAAGUGCACUUUGCAGGGCGUACGACAAAGCGCCUGAUAGUUCAUUGCAACGUCGUGUCGCUGAAGCUUUUCACCGUUGCGCUUCCAUCAGUGCUCACUAUGGAAUGACCAGUGACUUGGACACUCUCAUAGUAAGUUUAUGCAAGUUUACGGGCCUAGCGACUGGUGGUGAGCCCGACCAAGUAGUUUUACAACUUGGUGGAAGUAACAAAUGUCAGUUUGCUGCACGCACAUUGUUCAAAAUUACUCACAUACACGGGGAUGCAAUAAGAGCUUCCUGGAAAAAUAUCAUCGAUUGUUUGCAAUCGUUAUACAAAGCGAGAUUAUUGCCGAAGAGUUUGACCGAAGGGGAAGAUUUUAUCGAUCCAUCUGGAAAAAUAUCGUUACUUCGGGAACCAAUUACACCGAAGCCAGCUCCGGUGGAUCAGGGAAUAUUAUCCAGUUUAUAUUCUUACAUAGCUUUGGAUACCUCGCGCAUGUCUCAUCCAGCGGAAACGACUGCGAGAAAAAGAGCUAUAGAAUUUAUUGGGAAUUGUUACCUCAAACAAAUCAUCGAAGAAAGCAAAUUCUUGCAGGUCGAAUCGCUUCGGUCUCUUGUCGGUGCUUUGGUGUUGCCAAACUCUCACGACGAGGAUGUAUCGGUAUUUUUGCUGGAAUUGUUGCUGGAGGUAACUAUUCAGAAUCGUGACAGAGUAGCAUGCAUUUGGCCAGUAGUUCAAGGCCAUCUAGAUGGGUUAUUAACAACAGCCGCGCGUGAGAAUCAUCCAUACCUUUUGGAACGGGUAGCCGUUGGAAUGUUGAGAUUAGCGAUUAGGCUGUUACGGGGAGAGGAAUGCGCGUGCACCGUGUUGCCACCUUUGUUGCCCUUGACUCAUCUGCCUUCAGCUACGACCACGCCACUCGCCAGGCAAAUUGCCUACGGUUUGUUCGAGUUGCUUAAAACCGGUGCUGCUAACAUUCACAGCACGGAAGAUUGGAAAGUGGUAUUUAGUUUGCUAGAGUGUGCAGGUGCCGGGGCGUUAUUGCCAAAACAGUCAAAUACUGUAUUGGACGAGGCAACGAAUUCUAGAGCAUCGAUGUUGGAUCCUAGACCGAUUAGUCCUGUACCCGAAUGGGUACUCGUGUCUCCAACAGGCACCGAAGCCCCGUUGCCCGUUGCUGCCGACACGAUAGUCUUGGACCGAGAUCUACAACCUCACGAUCCUGCUGCGUUUGUCAAAUGCUGUGAAAGCUUGACGUUUCUAGUCAGAGACGUGGCACACGUAACUCCGUUUAACUUCGAGUUAUGUAUACGUUGCGUGAGAACGUUCGCCGAAGCGGUGCUUCAGUGUUCAGGAAAAAGGAACAAAGUGCUCAGUCAAACGGACGAACCCGGUGCUGCAGCUACCGUUGCUACGUAUCAACAGAGUCCUAUACAAUUGUUAGAUUUGAUGCAUACGCUUCAUACAAGAAUUGCUCAAGUAUUUCGAUGGUGGGCCGAAGAAGGGAACGGCACGGAAAAUGUUUCGCUGUGGCUGCACGUAUGGAGGCCUUUGUUGCAAGGAAUCGCGAGGUUGUGCUGCGACGCUCGUAGACAGGUACGCACCGCAGCCAUCACCUAUCUUCAAAGCACUUUGCUCGCUCACGAUUUAGCUCAGUUGUCGGCAGUAGAGUGGUCUCAGUGUUUGGAACAGGUUCUGUUCCCACUGCUGGCUCAGUUACUUGGACCAAUAGCGUCGAACGAUCCUAUUGGUGUAGAGGAGACAAGGGUGAGAGCAGCCAUGUUACUGUCUAAAGUGUUUCUUCACCAUUUGAAUCCUUUGUUGACCCUCCCUGGAUUUUUGCCACUUUGGCUAACCGUGUUAAGUUUACUCCGUGCUUACAUGCACGCUGAUAAUAGCGAGCUUCUCUUCGAAGCUAUACCGGAAUCGUUGAAAAACAUGUUGCUGGUCAUGUCUUCCGCUAACGUGCUGGCUCCGACGUCGAAUUUGUGGGUCCCGACUUGGAGAACGAUCGAUGCAUUUUUACCUAAUUUAAAGGCAGAGUUGUUCCCAGAGCCGAUUAUCCCGGUCGUACCAGUUUCACCAGAAUCGCCUCAGAUGCAACAAAAGUCGCAAGUGAUCAGUUUGAUCGAGCAACAGCAACCAUGUUUCCCCGGAUCCAUAGCACCACCUCAACCGAAGCUUGACGUAUCAGCCGAGGGUAAUCGAUCCUCAUUAAUGGCCGCCGAGUCCGAAGAAACAUCAACAAUAUCGACGUCGACGAUAUCCAAACCAUCAUCGAACGAGGAACAUUCCGAUCGCUUGUCAAAAUCGAUCAUUAGUGGAAGCAACGAAUCAGAAAAGAUUGUAUUAGCGUGUGUAAAGAACGAAUACGAAGAACGGAGGCAACAGCCAAUUCAAUAUCAGCAUGCUUUACUACGUUCGCAAUCCGAACAGCAUUUGUCAUAUAAUCAAGAAACGGAACAUGCUGGAACGUUGAAUUCCUCUCUCCGCACAGAUGCAUCUCAGAGUGUAGACUCGACAGCAACGACCAUGUUCAAUUCUGCGGCAUAUUUCAGUGAAGACCCGGCAGCGGAUCGGCUAUUCGCCGUAACUAAUCCUUGACCACUGUACAUUUAUCAUGUAUAUUGUACGAUUGCUUUUCCAGAAGAGAAACGUUCGGGUGAAAUUUUAGCGAGAAAGAGAUCACUACACGUCACAGUAGAUGGACCUUUCAUAUUACGAUAUAUUAAUAAUAAUAUAUAACAACGCAUUUGAUAUUAUUAUUAAUAUAUACAUAUACAUAAACAUUAUAUACAUUAUACGUAUAUAUACAUGAAUAAUAAUAUGUGUGGCACGGUAUCGUAUUUCGUGGAAUUUUAUUUUUAUUGUCAUAUCGACAAAAUAGUCGCGCGUCUUUACGAACGUUUCGUUCUUUUUACCGGUGUACCGCUACGUGUCAAUAUAUCCCGGAAUACGACGCGAAUUACGAUAUCGUUGAUCAAAUUAUUAGGAAUUGUUCCUAGGUGAACAAAUGAUGGUAAAUCGGUAAUUCUUGCAUCUGUAUGAUAGUAAUUAUAAAUUAUUUAAUAUACUUGUGGAUACAUGGAAGGCUGAGAAUCACAGGGAUGUAGACCAAGCUACCAUUAUUUUUCAUAAAACAGAUAUGCGUUCAUUAUUAUAAAAGUUUCAUUAUAUUGUUUCAAGUUACGGGUGAAAAUCAAUUAUUAAUGAAAACUAAAACUACAACUCGAUUGAUUUUUAUGAUUUUCAGCCUAUCGUGUACGUGUAGAUACGUGCAGCUGGCAAGAGAAUUCAUCUUCCACGAGUUACAUUUUCAUUUUUCCUUUCUUUACAUUUUAUGCAUGUACAUACGAAUAUGUAAAAUUUGAGAUGCCUAGGCUCAAAAGAGGCGAACCAAUUUCGCGUGUCAUGCAGUAGUGACACGGCCUGUGAUUCCCGUGGUUCGAUCAUUUUUGAUCAAUUUGUACAUACUCGUUAUAUCUCAAUUAUAAUAUAUAAAAAUAUCUCCCCUGUAAGCUUUGUAACUGAGACACAGUUGCAAGAUUAAUUUAAAAAAAUUGUUAUUCCAACAACGCUUUGAUUUAACUAGACAAUGUUGUAAAUUGAGAAAUGCGUUGAAUAACAUUCGAAGCAGCGGUGCUGCUUGAAUUUCUGGAAUAUGCGUGUAUCCAUGUUUCUUAUUUGGCAAAUUUACGGAUACUUGUGUCUCUCUGUUGCUUCUAUAUAAUUAUGCCAGGACGCCUAUGACGGGUUUUGGGACCGUGUCGGUAAGGCAAGGGUAAAAAUGAUGAAGAAAAGAAACGUUCACCAGCCAAGACUUAUCAGUGGGGGGGAUUUCUGGCAAGAACUCUUGGAGUGGGAUGGGCCUCUAUUAGGCUGAGCAUAAAAAACGGUCACCCAUCCCUAGGGCCGCUGCCUGCUUAACCUGCUGAUCGCCAUCGAUCCAUCGGUUAGUUGCACUUGCGGCUCGUGUAACACAAGUAUGCUUAGAAUUUGUAUAUGACGAACGAAACAGAUGAGGCCCUUAUCGUCAACCUGGUUGCCCGCCAAAAAAAGGAGAGACUGAAAUUGAAAUUGAAGUGAGACAGUGGAGACUUGAACGCGGAGAUCCGCAGUGACGUGGAAGACUCCAAGACGUUGGCAGACGUUGCACUUGUUUCAAAGACGGAUUCAGGCACGAAUCAGUUUGAAAUCUGAUUCCUUCUUUUGUUUUUUUCAUGUUUUUCGUAUGUUAAUAAUUAACAUUCGCGUACCACACGUGUGUCAAUAGACUAUUUCACUUGAUCGUACGCGUUGAUGACGCAAGUAUGAGGAUAAUUUGUCGUACAUCUCUGAACGUAAAGCAGCUAUAAUUAGUUAGAGACACAAUCGUCCUAGAAUAUACGUGACCGCGGUCCUCUGUUCGUGGACGUCGCGUAGCGUGAUACCUUGUCUUUUUAUUCUGCACAAGAAACCUAGGUACGCGACUUAUUUUUAGAUAUUUACCUUUUUUUUUCCACGUACGUAUGUCUGUUUGUUGUAUAUGAUUGUAUAGAAAAACACAAGAUCAAAAAUAUUCUAACGCUUUCUCGUUUACGGUAUUGUUUAUUAAUGCGAUGCUGUAUAUAUAUAUAUACAUAUAUAUAUAUAUAUACACAGUGAUUCUUAUCAAUUCUUGAACAUCACGGCGAUCCAGAAAUUAUUGCUUCGUAAUAUAUUUGUUUAUAAUAUCAUUGUUUGUUUCUUUCUAAAUAUAUUAUUUAAUAUUUGUUUCA